GCAAACAAGCUUUUGGUGCCUUUCAGGCAGUUUGUGCUAGUCAGUCUAGAGAGAUUUCAGGGAGAAACAGGUCAGCUGAAAAUGAAAAUUAUCCCAACCACUUCUUGGGCCAGAAAAAAGGAGACACUGCGAUCGGCAGUAAGAGACGCGUUGGAUCUGUUCGCUGCUCCCUGGGAAAGGACUGCUUAACCAGUGGGCUCGAUGCACUUCCAAGCCUAGCACUGGCUCGCAUACCACUUUUCUCCAGGGUUGGCCUCUAGCUUGUGAGCUGGGUCAAGGGAGGCCCCUCUGACUUUGUCAUUUCCUGACUCAUAUGUCUGUUCCUGCGGUGGUGGAGAUGAGAUGCGUGUGAUGUGAGACACCUGCAUCCCACAGCGGUAAAAUUAGAGAAGCGACUGCCUGGCCGAUGCCAGCGGACUGUAGACAGAGGCUCAGAUAGCUUUCGGCUCAGCUGGCAGACUGGCAGAAACUGCCUGUCUUGCCAGAUCCCUGCUUCUCUCCCAGUCAUGAACGGAACUUGCUGCCUCAUCAAAGGGGACACCAUCGCCCAGGUGAUGCCUCCCUUGCUGGUCCUGGCAUUUGUGCUCGGAGCCUUGGGCAACGGCCUGGCUCUGUGUGGUUUUUGCUUUCACAUGAAGUCAUGGAAACCAAGCACCAUCUACCUUUUCAACUUGGCCGUGGCUGACUUUCUUCUGAUGGUAUGCCUUCCCUUUCGGACUGAUUACUAUCGGAAAAAUCGGAAAUGGGUUUUUGAAGACAUCCCUUGCCGGGUAGUACUGUUCAUGCUAGCUACCAACCGAGCCGGGAGCAUCGUGUUUCUCACGGUGGUAGCUGUGGAUCGUUAUUUCAAGGUGGUCCACCCCCAUCACACCUUGAACACCAUCUCUAACCGGACGGCAGCUUGCAUCACCUGUGCCCUCUGGGUCAUGGUCAUUGUGGGAACUCUGUAUCUGCUGACUGAGAACCACCUGUGUGUGCAGGGCAGCACAGUGUCUUGUGAGAGCUUCAUCAUGGAGUCUGCUAAUGGCUGGCAUGACAUCAUGUUCCAGCUGGAGUUCUUCCUGCCACUGGGCAUCAUCUCCUUCUGCUCCUUCAAUAUCAUUGGGAGCCUGAGGCAGAGGAAGCAGCUGACCAGGCAAACCCGGAUGAAAAAGGCCACUCGAUUCAUCAUCGUGGUGGCUGCGGUGUUCGUCAUAUGCUACCUGCCCAGUAUCUCCGCUCGACUGUACUUUCUCUGGACGGUCCAAUCUAGUGCCUGUGAUGGAUCUGUGCAUGUGGCCCUUCACGUCACCCUCAGCUUCACCUAUAUGAACAGCAUGCUGGACCCCCUGGUGUACUAUUUCUCAAGCCCCUCCUUCCCAAAAGUCUAUACCAAGUUCAAGAUCUGGGGUCUGAGACCCAAGCGCCCAGGAGAAUCCAAGACACAGAAUCCAGAAGGAAUGCCAACAUCCAAACUCUGCCCAAAGAGUUGUAUUGCUCUGGAAAAUAGCUCCAGAAGCCAUCCAGAUGGUCAGUGGGACCUCCAAACAUUUUGAGUGCCAUGCCCUGACUGAAUUCAUUGGGAUGCCAAAGAGACAUGUGAGAUGGAAGUGAUUUGUGGGAAGUGAGGGUGGGAGUAGGGGAUGAAGACGAAGUUAUCUUUGAAAAUAUUGCCUUCUCUAGGUAUAUCCCCAAGGAAUGGAUGGAAUCCC